GCUAACAAUGAUGGUGUAUUUAAUGGUAUUCAUUUGCAGGUGUAUGAAAGAUGACGGGACCAGUACGUGUACGGGAGUUAAGGAUUCCUCACAGUGGCCAUCUUGGGCUGUUUACGUCAUCGCGGGGGGCGCCGCUGCUGUCGUGUUCCUCGCUUUCUUGUUGACCGUUUGCGUCGUCCUGCGUAGAAAAAACUACACCAAGGACUACGAUUGCCAGUCGGAGAAGUCGGAGCUCGAGCAAGAAUUCGAUCCGUAUGGCAGGUUCAACAAAAGGGGCAGUUACUUCCGUUGUGUCGUGAACCCGCUCUAUGACGAAACAAAUUCGUCCACAGCAUAUCAACUUCAAGAGGUACUCGACAACUAUAUUGAAGGCUCGACAGUGAACAAGUGAAGGCUCGACAGAAUGAAAAUAUCUAGGUUCUAGAUGUAUUUACUCUUCUCUUGUAUAUUGUGAAAUCUCGGUCAACACUAGAAACUAAAGAAAAAAAAGAUUCUUUGUACACAAGGAAUUCAUGGUAAUUUUAACUGGUGUAUAUUGCACUGCAACAAAGUUGUCGCUGCUUACAAAUACCGUGCAAGUAGUAUUUACAUUACUUUUAGAAACUCUGUGUUUACAAUUCGGUCAAAAACAUUUAGUAGAUAUUACGCAUACAUUUUUAAGGCCACGAAACGUCAAUACAUUAUAAAUCACUUGUUUGUUUACAAAAACUGCUGUUGUUUAGUGACUUAUCAACCUGAUGUAACUGUUCUCGAAAACAAAACAACAAAGUGGCAACUAAA